AUGAGUUGGUGGUGGGCAAGAGCCGUAGAAGCAACAAAGAAAACAUUCGAACAAGAUGAUGUACCCCCCAAGUACCAGAGUGUGGCCCUUAUUAUUGGAGUCACUGGUAUCGUUGGCAGCAGUUUGGCCGAGAUCUUGCCAUUUGCAGACACUCCAGGUGGCCCCUGGAAGGUCUAUGGUGUGGCUCGCCGCCCCCGGCCAAUCUGGCAGGCCAAUCAUCUCAUUGAAUAUAUCCAAUGCGACAUCUCUAAUGAACAAGAAACACACGAAAAGCUUUCCAUUCUUACUGAUGUAACCCACAUCUUUUAUGUUACUUGGGCAAGAAAAUCCGCAGAAGCCGAGAAUUGUUUAGUGAAUGGCUCCAUGCUUCAAAAUGUUCUCAAUGCAGUGAUUCUAAAUGCAAGAAACCUGCAACACAUUUGCUUGCUAACAGGACGCAAGCAUUAUAUGGGUUCUUUCGAGUCUAUAGGCAAUAUUGCACCUAAUGAAUAUCCAUUGCAUGAGGAUCUCCCAAGGCUUAAUGUUAUCAACUUUUAUUAUACACUGGAAGAUCUGUUGUUUGAUCAAGUCCGUAAGAAGGAAGGCUUGACAUGGUCAAUUCAUAGACCUGGAAUGAUAUUUGGUUUCUCACCGUUUAGCUUGAUGAAUACACUUGGGACUUUAUGUGUAUAUGCAGCAAUUUGUAAGCAUCAAGGGCUUCCAUUAAUAUUUCCUGGAAAUCAUGUUGCGUGGGAUGGGUAUUGCGAUGCAUCAGAUGCAGAUUUGAUUGCCGAGCAUCAGAUAUGGGCAGCGGUGGAUCCUAAUGCAAAGAAUGAAGCUUUCAAUUGCAGUAAUGGGGAUGUGUUCAAGUGGAAGCAUUUGUGGAAUGUCUUAGCAGAGCAGUUUGAGAUUGAGAAUUAUGGGAUAGAAGAGGAGGGUGACAAGAGAUUGAGCUUAGCUGAGAUGAUGAAAGACAUGGGGCCAAUAUGGGAUGAGAUUGUGAAAGAGAAGCAGUUAUUCCCCACAAGAUUGGAGGAAGUUGCAACCUGGUGGCUUCUGGACGUGGUUUUCCAAUUAGAAGUUUCGCACUUGGAUACUAUGAACAAGAGCAAAGAACAUGGAUUUGUAGGGUUUAGAAACUCGAAAAAGUCUUUGGUACAUUGGAUUGAUAAAAUAAAAGCUUACAAAAUAGUUCCUUGA